GGCGGGACCAGCGUCUGACCCCGACGGGCAAAACACGGUGGCGGGGGUGGCAGGAACGAGGCCAGGUCGGCAGACAGGUCCUGCACAGCUGCGCUCCGCGCCCCUCUGCGCGCGCGGGCACCAUGAGCGGCCGAGUCGGGGACCUGAGCCCCCAGCAGCAGGAGGCGCUGGCCAGGUUCCAGGAGAACCUCCAGGACCUGCUGCCCACCCUGCCCAAGGCUGAUGACUACUUCCUCCUGCGCUGGCUCCGAGCUCAGAACUUUGACCUGCAGAAAUCUGAGGACAUGUUCCGGAAGCAUGUGGAGUUCCGGAAGCAACUGGACCUAGACAACAUUCUCACCUGGCAGCCCUCAGAGGUGGUCCGGCUCUAUGACUCAGGCGGCCUGUGUGGCUAUGACUACGAAGGCUGCCCCACCUGGUUUGACAUCAUUGGGACCCUGGACCCCAAGGGCCUCCUGCUAUCGGCCUCCAAGCAGGAGCUCAUCCGGAAGCGAGUCAAGGUCUGCGAGCUGCUUAUGCACGAGUGUGAGCUGCAGAGUCAGAAGCUGGGCAGAAAGAUCGAGAAGUUGCUGAUGGUGUUUGACAUGGAGGGGCUGAGCCUGAAACACCUGUGGAAGCCAGCUGUGGAGGUCUACCAGCAGUUUUUUGCCAUCCUGGAAGCAAAUUAUCCUGAGACGGUGAAGAAUUUAAUUAUUGUUCGAGCCCCUAAGCUUUUUCCAGUAGCCUUCAACUUGGUCAAGUCAUUCAUGGGUGAGGAGACACGCAAGAAGAUAGUGAUUCUGGGAGACAACUGGAAGCAGGAGCUGACAAAGUUCAUCAGCCCUGACCAGCUGCCCGUGGAGUUUGGGGGCACCAUGACUGACCCCGAUGGCAACCCCAAGUGCCUGACCAAGAUCAACUACGGGGGCGAGGUGCCCAGGAGCUACUUCCUGCGAGAGCAGGUGAGGAUGCAAUACGAGCACAAGGUGUCUGUGGGCCGAGGCUCCUCCCAGCAGGUGGAGAAUGAGAUCCUGUUCCCAGGCUGUGUGCUCAGGUGGCAGUUUGCAUCGGAUGGUGGGGACAUCGGCUUUGGGAUUUUCCUGAAGACCAAGAUGGGGGAGUGGCAGAGAGCUGGGGAGAUGACGGAGGUGCUGCCCAGCCAGCGAUACAAUGCCCACCUGGUGCCAGAAGAUGGGAGCCUCACCUGCCUCAAGCCUGGCAUCUGUAAGAGCUGUGAGAUGUCCUGCGCUUUGACAACACCUAUAGCCUGAUAUAUGCCAAGAAAGUCAGCUACACAGUGGAGGUGCUGCUCCCCGACAAGGCCUCUGAGGAGAAGUUGCAGGGUCUCACGGCAACGAGACCUUCCCCAGCGCAAUGAAGACCCUGGUCACCUCUGCACCUGCCCCCUCCAACCCCUUUGCAGCCCCCUGUCUGCCCCCUGCCCUCCAGAUGGUGCUAAAGGUGAUCACAGAGAGCAACUUACCCCACAUCACCAUCUCAGGCACUGUGUGGCCCCUUGGCAUAGUGGCCAAGCAGGAAUCAGGACAACCAUUGCUGACAUCAUCCUGGAGAGUCAAAGGAGCACCUCCUCCCCUGUCCCUAGGGAAUAGAAAUGACAACAACCUUGAGAGGAACCCUGUGUUUACAAAGAAAGGUUUCUGCCCGCAGAAGCUGCCUUUGGGUCCAUCUGACAAGGCCUACUUAUCCCAGGAUUCACCUGUGUCUGGUAUCCCAUCUUGGGGUGCAUGAGCCCCAGGCCCUGCAGGGACCCCGGCUUCAGGCCUGAGAAGCAGAGAAGCCCCAUUCUCUGCCCACAGAAGGUUGGAAAGGAUGGGGAGAGUCAUUUGGAGGCAGCUGGUGGGAUACAGGGCAAGGGUGAGGCUCCCAGUUCCAGCUGAGCAUCGAGGCCUCUCCAAGCUUGUUCUGCUACCUUUGAGGGAAAAAUCAGAAAUGGGCAGCAGGACCAGGCAGGGAUGCCAUCACAGCACAUCCAGCCUUACCGAGCUGAGUAGGCAGAGACCGAGUCUCCAGCGGCCCCCUCCCUCCACACUGCUGGGAUCCCCCUGAUGCUCAGCUGGGGUCCCCCUGAUGCUCAGCUGGGGUUCUUGCCUGGCCUGAGUGGGGCCAGGACCAACAGAAAGCUGGAGGGAAAGGCAUGUUGCUGGGAUGCAGUGUGUGAGCUGCCACUUCUGAUGUUCAUCCUGGACUCUGGCCUGAACUUUUGAGCUUUUCCUCCAUCUUUGUCUCCCUGGGAGAGUGGAAAGUCUCGACCAGUAAUGGUUUCUACACAUGGUUUCUCAAAAGCUAGCCCUCCUGGUGGCUACAGCCCACACUCAGGAUGACCACUGCUUGCUCUUCAGGGUAGACCAUACCCAACACAGGAAUUAGCCGAGGAAGUCACUAAGUGUGAGCUGGUGGGUUGUCUCCAGGUGGCAAUGAGCCCAUCACCUGGGCCUGGGAGCCCAAGCUGUGCUGCCCGGCCCCUCCCCACUCUGCCCUUUGGCUGGACCAGGACAGUGCCCACCAGUAUCUCAAAAGACUUGUGUUCUACCUGGGUGGCUCAGCCCCCAGCUCAGUAUCAUUGAUCCUGCCCUCCUUGUUUGUCCUGCCAUAUUGUGCCAAAGGGCAAGAGUCCUGUCCUCCCAGCUGACUCCCUGGGAGUGAGUGGUCAGAUGUCCCUGUAAAAGAGGUCCUUGCUGCAAAAUGUCAAUACCCUAGCUAUGGAAGACCCCUCCCCAAGGCCAGAAGCCUCAGUACACACCACCUGUCCAGGGGCUUCGCAAGUAACCAAGCUCCGGCCACUUUCUGCUCCCAGAUUCUGAGGUUUCAUUUUUUUCCAGUUAAUAGGUUAAUAAUUUCUUCGUUAUCCAGGAUGCAUUUUAAGGGAAAAAUGAGGCUUGGGAAGAUGGGGGUGGUCUUCUAGGCAGUUGUGCGACCCUUGGGGCCCCCAUCCCCUGCAGCUCAGCCAGCUGCACUGUUGACAGUUUAGCAUCUGAGCAGGAGGUCUGCUGCCAUAGAAAACAAACUCGACACCUAAAGCCAUCCAUGAGGCAUUCUGGUCCAAGGGUUAAAGCAGAUUAGCAAGAGAAAAAACAAUGGUUGUGAGGGCUCCAAGGAGACUGCUUGGGGCUGUCAGGCAAGAAUCACACGAUGUCCUCAAGGUGAAGGGCUGCCCCUGUGUCCAAGAUGUGACACAUUUCCACCACUCUGUUGCACCAUGUGUUCACCUUCCCUGCUGCCUCUGCAGAGGCACUCGGGCCUCCCAGGGCCAUUUCCCCACACUCUUUGCCAGGGUAUAGGGAGUGUGGUCAACUGGGGUUGGGAGGACUCUGUGCUUGCUUUCACUUAGCCUACCUGUUGCCAUGACAGGCACUUGAAACACCUCAGUUCAGCCUUCCUUCCACCCCUUGCCUAAAAACCAGGUUUUUGGACUUGAACCCUGACCUUUGCUCUUCUAACCACCUGCAGCCAAUUUUGUGUCAAUAUAACCUCAAGCAGUUCCCUGGCAGGUCACAAAGAUUGCUGUGUCCCCUGCACAUGGUUUCCUGAGGCUCUGAUCACAGAGACUAGACACAGAUAUCGUUUGUCUGGGGAUGGCAAGUAACAAGGUACUGGGGAGUGAACACUUCACCUUCAUGGGUGACAGUAGUUUUGAGGCCCCAGCUGAAAGUCUUGGAUCUCCUGCAAGGCCAUACAACACAAGGCAAAAGAAAGACACAAAAACAAGACUUAAACGGAAAGUAGGGACUGAGGCGGGCCACGCCAGACAUGUGGCAAUGAUGCUGAGCAUGUGGUGAGGACCCCAAGCAACCAGGACCAUCCGUAUAUAUUGAUUCCACAGGCAUGGGUAAGAAUAGGGUAGAUGAUAUCAGCUGACACAGGCAAGGCUUGUAGAGGAGAGGGUAAGGCGUUCUUGCAGGAGCAUACCUGACCAGGUCAGUUGUGGUUAACUAGUAAAUUACUAAAACAAUUAAGGGAGGGGUAGCUCUAUGAAUGGAAUUUGGUCUGGAGCCAAAGGUCCUCACCCACAGUUAUCUCACUAGGAACCCUGAAGCUGCGCAGGUCAGGACUUAGACCUCACCUGCGGUCACUGGCAUGAAAACUAUACUAGCCUGCAGCAUCCGACAUGCUCCUGUGAGUCACAUAGGCUUCAGUCUGGCUCCAAAUAUAAUGCGGCCAAUUACAAGGAAAGAAUGCCUGGUCCAUAUUACAGCCUGCUCUAGCCUGGCCAGAGGGGUCUGCCCUACAGUAGCAUCUCCUACCUGGCCAAGGAGGCAGGAACACACUGAGAGCUCAGCAGGAAUAUGUCCUCAGGAAUCCCAUUCUAAAUUCUUUUUUUUUCUUCUUUUGGUGCUGGAGACCUUUGCACCGAGCUGUACUCCCAGCCCUUUUUCUAUCUUUAAUUUUGAGACAGGGUCUCAUUUAGUCAUUAAGUUUCCCAGGCUAGGCUUGAACAUAUGAUCUUCCCUCAGCCUCCCAGAAUGCUGAGAUUACAUGCAUGUGCCACGAUGCCCACCCACUCUUAAUUUCUUUUUUUUGUACCAGGGAUUGAACUCGGGACCUUGCGCUUUCAAGGCAGGCACCAGAACCACUGAGCUAAAUCCCCAGCCCCCCACUCAAUUUUUAACACUGUCCAUUUUUUAUAGCUGACAAGGAAGAAGAGGAGGAGGAGAAUUUGCUCAGGUGGGGAGCACUGGGUUGCCCAAAGUUCAUUUCUUCAUCUACCCAUUCAUUCUUCAGCGCUUAUUAAUUGUCUGCCUAGCAUCCGGCAUCAAAGCCCCCGGGGACACCAAGGACACUGGGAUGACCCAAUUUUGCUAACGGAAAACUGGCCUACACUGAGGGAGGCAGAACUGACUAUGAAGAUCAGUUAUCAAAUCCACUUGCCUAGUCAGAUGUGGUGCUGAAAGCCUGUGAUCCUACCACUGCCGGUGCUGAGGAAGGAGGAUCGCCGCAAGUUUAAGGCCAGUGUAAGCUACAUAGUGAGUUCAAAGUCAGACUGAACUGCAUAGUGACACCCUGUCUCAAAACAAAAAUGCACUUGCCUGGGCUGCGUAUUUAGCUCAGUGGUUCUGCCGCCUGCCUCGAAAGCACAAGGUCCCGAGUUCGAUCCCUCGUAACAAAAACAAAAACAAAAAAAUGCACUUGCCGUCACCAUGUGCACUUGUCGGGGAGUAGCUGAAUUCUGGAGGAGCAUCCAGCAAAGAAAGCAGGCAAGGGUAUCAAAGGAGCUUUGCCUCAGAAAGUGACCACUGAGAGGAGAGCUAAAAGAUGUGUGAGGUGACCAGGUGCAGUGAGUCUUACAGACGGAGGAAUGGGGUGUGGGUGGCCAGGGAGUGUUUAGGGCUGAAGGACUGACAUACAGAAGGGCUCUCCUGGCCCUGGAUAACACCGGUAACAACUCCCCAGUGUUUGCUACUCUGCAUGAAUGACUGUGUACACAUUAAAUAGUUGUUAAUAAAACCACGUUUUAUAAAAUGAAA